CUUUAGUAGGUGGUAAUUUCGCUAAACUCAGUAGCUAGCACCAGUUAGAGAGUGCUCGUCACGGCGGUAAUAACGCGAUAAUAAUCGGACUGUCGAACUUUACCGCAGCGGUCACUUGUGAAUACAGAAUGAACGGCCAAAGCCCUGUUCCAGUCGCCAGUGAUGCCAUUACUCCACUCCAACAGAUGGUGGCGUCCUGCUCCGGGGCCAUCCUCACCUCUCUGUUUGUCACACCUUUGGAUGUUGUGAAGAUCAGACUGCAAGCACAGAAAACUCCCUUUCCCAAAGGGAAAUGCUUUGUCUACUGCAAUGGACUUAUGGACCACAUAUGUGUAUGUCAAAACGGCAACUCCGGAGCAUGGUACAAAGCCAAAGGUCACUUCAAUGGCACAAUGGAUGCCUUCAUCAAGAUUGUACGAAAUGAAGGAAUCAAAUCCUUAUGGAGUGGUCUCCCUCCAACCCUUGUAAUGGCAGUCCCAGCUACAGUGAUCUACUUCACGUGCUAUGACCAGCUGUGCGCAGCACUGAGGGUCAGGAUGAUCAACCACACUCAGGAGGCUCCGGCGCUGGCAGGCGCUCUCGCUAGAGUGGGUGCAGCGAGUGUCAUCAGUCCUUUGGAGCUGAUACGUACAAAGCUUCAGUCUCAGAAACUGUCGUACAAGGAGCUGAAACACUGUAUUCAUGUGGCAGUGGAAGCAGAUGGCUGGACGUCUCUGUGGCGUGGUCUGGGCCCCACUCUACUCCGAGACGUUCCCUUCUCAGCCAUGUACUGGUACAACUAUGAGAGAGGCAAGAGGUGGCUGUGUGAAAGAUAUCAUUCCAGAGAGCCUACGUUUGCCAUAGCCUUCACAUCUGGAGCAGUGUCUGGCUCUAUUUCAGCCAUUAUAACGUUGCCUUUUGAUGUUGUCAAAACUAGAAGACAGGUGGAGCUUGGAGAGAUACAAUCCUUGAAUUUGUCACGUCAGCCCACAUCCACUUUUCAAUUAAUGAGAAAGAUUGUGGCACAGAACGGUAUUAGAGGACUGUUUGCAGGUUUCCUGCCCAGGCUGAUCAAAGUGGCACCAGCCUGCGCCAUUAUGAUCAGCUCCUAUGAGACUGGGAAGGCCUUUUUCCAUAAGCACAACCAGGAGAGGAUACUUAGACCACUGCAGACGAGUAACACCUGAUACCUUUCCAGACAGCUGUUUUGAAAUCAAACAGAAACUUGCUGAGCUCUGGACAUUCCACAGAAGAAAAAACAAAUAAAAAAUUGCCAAAUAAAAAAAUGGUGCAGAAAGGCAAUCGACAAAAAUCAUUAUUAAAAUAAAAGCAGGAACUACAGUCGCGUCCAUAAAUAUUUGGACAGCGGCAUGAUUUUGACUUAUUUUUAAUUUUGCCUCUGUACAUGACCACAAAGGAGUUGAAAUGACCCAGUCAAGAUGAGCUUGUGGGGUAGCUUUGACAUGUUUAAUAUAAAUCCGGCAUUAACCAUUUUGAAAUUUCAGAUAUUUUUAUAGUCCCUUCAUUUUAAGAAGCUAUAAAUAAUUAAACAGUUGACUGACAAGUGGUUUCAUAACCAAAUGUGGCCCAUUCCCUCAUUGUUCUGUGGCAAGUUAUGCAGAUAAAUGGUUUGGAGUUG